AAGCAGCAGUAGUAGAUUUUCUUUUCUUUGCGAUAUAUAUACCUCAGAACUAUUCAAUAGAGCAACAAAGCAAAGAUUUCUUGAUUGUUUUGAUCUUUAUAGUGCAGAAAUGGAUUACGGAAAACUUGCAUUGCUUAUGCUUUAUGCCCUUCUCUGUAGACUUACUUUCUCCUCAUCCUCAAUUCAUUUGUGCCCCAAAGAUCAAGCUCUUGCUCUUCUCCAAUUCAAACAGAUGUUUACCACAUAUCCUGACAAUCUUGGUUAUUUGGAUUUUUACUGCCACACAUCUUAUCCUAAAAUGAUUUCAUGGAAUAGAAGCAGAGAUUGUUGCUCAUGGGAAGGAGUUAGUUGUGACAAGACAACAGGCCAAGUGAUUGAGCUUGACCUCAGUUGCAGUCAACUUCAAGGCAAGUUUCAUUCCAACAGUAGCCUCUUCAAACUCUCCAAUCUCAAAAGGCUUAAUUUAUCUUAUAAUGAUUUCUCUGGAUCGCACAUUUCGCCUAAAUUUGGUGAGUUUUCUAGUUUGACACAUCUUGAUUUAUUAUAUACAAGUUUUUCAGGUCAAAUUCCUUUUGAAAUCUCUCAUCUUUCUAAAUUAUACGUUCUUCGUAUCAAUAGUGAACUUAGACUUGGGCCUCACAAUUUUGAACUUCUCCUUAAGAACUUGACCCAAUUAAGAGUGCUUGAACUUUUCUUUGUCAACAUCUCUUCCACCAUUCCUCUAAAUUUCUCUUCUUAUUUAACAACUCUACAACUUUCAUACACGCAAUUAUAUGGGACAUUGCCUGAAAAAGUUUUUCACCUUUCCAACUUGAAAUCUCUUAACUUAUGGGGCAAUACCCAGCUCACAGUUAGGUUUCCAAUGACCAAAUGGAAUAGCAGCACAUCUCUCAUGGGUUUAAAUCUCAAUAGUGUGAAUUUUACUGGUAAUAUACCUGAAUCAUUUAGCUAUUUAACUUCAUUGAAUGAACUGGACAUGAGCUCUUGUAAUCUCUCAGGGCCUAUUCCUAAACCUCUAUGGAAUCUAACUCGCAUAGAGCUUUUGUACCUUGGAAAUAACCAACUUGAAGGACAAAUUUCCCAGUUCUUCAAAUUCAGUAAUCUCCAGAGGUUAUCGCUUGGAAAUAAUAACUUGGAUGGCCGACUUGAGUGCUUCAAUGGGACGCAACUUAGGUACUUAGAAAUUUCAUCCAAUUCCCUAACUGGUCCAAUUCCUUCCAAUGUAAGUGGUCUACAAAACCUAAACGAGCUCUUUUUGUCAUUUAAUUACUUGAAUGGGACUAUACCAUCCUGGAUAUUCUCCCUCCCAUCACUAGAUUGGUUAGAGUUGAGCAAUAACCAUUUCAGUGGCAAAAUUGAAGAGUUCAAGUCCAAAACAUUAAGCAUAGUUGAUCUAACACAAAAUCAGCUGCAAGGUCCUAUUCCAAAUUCACUACUAAACCAGCCGAACCUAAAAUCUCUUCUCCUUUCUCAAAAUAAUCUCAGUGGACAGAUUGCUUCAACUAUCUGCAAUCUUAAAACAGUGCAGUUGCUAGAUCUGGGAAGCAAUAAUUUACAGGGAACAAUCCCAGAAUGUUUGGGCGAGAUGGAUAGUACUCAUGUUCUGGAUUUAAGCAAUAAUAAUCUUACUGGGACAAUUCAAGCAAAUUUUAGUACUGGAAACAUAUUCAAAGUCAUUAAAUUGCAUGGGAAUAAGUUAGAGGGGAAAAUCCCAGGAUCUUUGAUCAAUUGCAAGUAUUUGGAACUACUUGAUUUAGGUAACAACGUGUUGAACGACACUUUUCCAAAAUGGUUGGGAAUCCUACCGAAUUUGAAGAUCUUAUAUUUGAGAUCAAAUAAGUUGCAUGGGUCCAUUAGAGCUUCAAGGAAUAAAAACUUCUUUGCAAAACUUCAAAUUAUGGAUCUUUCAUCCAAUGCAUUUAGUGGGAAUUUACCAGCAGGCCUUUUUGAGAAAUUCCAAUCGAUGAAACUAAUUGAUAAGAGCAUGAGUACACUUUGGUAUUGGAGUGCAAAUGUACAAAUUGCAUCUAAUUUGAUAUUUACAACAAAGGGAUUGACACUUGAAUUUCCUCGAGUUUUGAAUACUAGUAACAUGGUUAUCGAUCUCUCAAGGAAUAGAUUUGAAGGUUGUAUUCCAAGUACUAUUGGAGGUCUCAUUGGACUUCGUACGCUGAACUUAUCUCACAAUGGCUUGGAGUGUCACAUACCACCAUCACUGCAACAUCUAUCUGUUCUUGAAUCAUUGGAUCUCUCAUUUAACAAAAUUGGUGGAGGAAUUCCGCAACAACUUGCAUCUCUAACAUCACUUGCCGUCUUAAAUCUCUCUUACAAUCAUCUCGUUGGAUGCAUCCCUAAAGGAAAUCAAUUUGAUACUUUCGAGAACAGUUCAUACCAAGGGAUGGAUGGGUUACGUGGAUUUCCACUCUCAAGAGGCUGUGGUGAUGACGGAGUAACACAAGCGACAACUCCAGUUGUGCUAGAUCAAGGAGAAGAAGAAGAUUCAUCAAUGAUCAGUUGGCAGGCGGUUCUUAUAGGUUACAGUUGUGGACUAGUUAUUGCACUGUCCAUAAUAUACAUAAUGCUGUCAACUCAAAAUCCAUUAUGGUUUUGCAAGAUGGUUGAAGAAUUGGAACGCAAAAUUGUUACGAGAAUAAAAAAUCACAAGAAAAGACAAUAGUGUGUCCAGAUUUCAAGUCUAAUAAGUUGCUGGAGAUGCAAAUUUAAGCCUUUAUCUUUCACAGUUUAUUAUGAUGUUUCAUGAAGUGUUUGUUACCGUAUGAAUAAAGGCAUGAGUUUUCUUCC